AUGAGCCAAUUCUUCGACGAUCUGCAGAACGUCUGCAAGCAUCUACGGACUGUCAAGAUCUUGUUUCAGGAUGAGAAGAAUCCUGUUCUGUGGGAGAAGAAGAGAACGGCGCUGGUGAAUGCGCUCAAGCUGCUGGCAGAACUGUCCAGCGACUGUGUUCUCGACCUCUGCGAGUUCGAAGAAGAGACGAAGGAGGCAUUCUGGAAGCUGGUGGCGGAUGACGAGAAGGCUGGGAAGAAAGGAGGAGUUGAACGAGAGGCCCAGAAGAAGACGAGCUUGUGA